AUGCUCCGCAGCGACUCCCGAGUCUCUCGAAGAUACACAACGCUGGAGGCUGUGGCCUUGCACGAGUCGGUUCCUCCGGAUCGCUGGUGCGUGACAUACGCAGACCUGAAGUACCUGAAGCAGGAAGUGCGCCGGGCCGUUUCCGAGGGCGAGCUGCGCCCUUCGGAUCGCGCCGCGGAGGAUCGCGCCCUUCCGCCUUCUGACGAGGUUCAUGGGCCGAGCAUCUACCUCGUCAACGAGAAGCACAUCAUGCCGGUGACGGAGCAGGCCGGCAAGGUGAGCUGGGCCUUGAUGAGGCACCCCGAAGGCCUGGACUGCGACCUCUUCAUCAGCCACGCCUGGCAGGAGGGCAUCUUCGAGUUCCUCUCCAAGGUCCUCUUCUCCUGGCCUUCAGGCGCGCGUCAUGCCUGGUGCUGCAUGCUGGCCAACCCGCAAAACUUGGACAUAGGAGCCUUGCUACAGUCCCCUGGCAAUUCGCCAUUUGCGCUGGCUCUGCAAGCCUCUACUUACGUCCUUGUUGUUCCAAAUCGUGAAUGCAGCGUCUACACGAGGCUCUGGUGUUGCUAUGAGGCAUAUUGCGCCCAUGAGACAGGAAAGACGAUUCUUAUUGCCAGGCGCUCGAACAGAAAGGAGAUGGGCACAGCUUUGUUCCGGACGCUUCUGCUGGGAUUGACAGGUAUGAUUACUGCAGUGAUUCUGAAGUCAUGGAAGCACACCGCCUUCCACACUUAUGCUCACCAUGUUAUCAGUCUACUGGCUUUAUGCCUCGCGGUAGCCAGCGCUGUCGCUGGCACAACUCUUCAACACAAUGGGUGCCGAAGUGUAUUGAACGGGCUUGGAGCAUUGGCAGCGGGGCUACUGACGGUGCAUUGGCACACCGUUCAUGGUUUCCUUGACCUUCCCGGGUUCCAAGAGAUCGAUACAGCGCUCGCUGAGCAGCGAAUCAUUCUGGGUUGCUUCGCAGUGUGCUUCUGCUUGAUGGAGGUGGACCGUGUCAACAGCCUCUCCAGGGCGGAGGAAGCCCUGCAGCUCCAACGAGGGUUCCGGGGUUCAAUUGCUCACGCAACUUGCUCCAGGGCCGAGGAUGCGGCACGAAUUCAUGCGGAGAUCGGAACGAACACGGAAGCCGUGGACUAUGCCAUCGGAGUCCUGUUGGCCGCCGGGAUGUCAACGCCGACUCUUCGACAGGUGGCACGUGCGGGGGUUGGGAUUCAGGAGGCCGGGCACGCUGAGAUUUCCGUGCCUUCCCUCGCACUGGUGCCACUUGGUCUGAUUGCGACAUUGCGCCUUCUCGACGACAUUGUGUGUCGGCACCCCUGGGUUCAUGUGGUGAUUCAGAGCCUUCCUGUUGCGUGCAGGGUCCUGCUCGCCAUCGUGAUCUAUCGAAGCUCCAGGGACGAGCGAUGCUUCAUCAUGAAGUUGAUGACCAGACUCCUUGCUGUGUACAUCCUCGUCAUGUUCCCAGUUGUCAUGUUCUGGGAGUGGAAGCAACUCCUUCAAGACCGGCCCCAGCAAGCCUGCGCUGGAGCCCUGUUUUUCUUGACCACAAGCGGCUUCGCCCUCCUUGGCAUGAAAGGUACCUUGGCCCUCCCCUACUGCGGGCCCUGCCUCCUGCAGCUCUUUCUUGGGCGCGGCCUGCACGCGCUUCGCCUGGACUCAGAUGCACUUCAGGAGGCGAAGCGUGACAGCGAGUCCGCGAGCUCUGACGGUUCUGACUCUGAUUGA